AUGAGUCCAGCGAGGCGCGGGGGCAGCCCCUGCCUUUUCCCCUUGCAGCUCUUCAGCCUCUGCUGGGUGCUCGCAGUGGCCCAGAGCAAGACAGUGCGAUACAGCACCUUCGAGGAGGAUGCCCCGGGAACGGUCAUCGGGACCCUGGCUGAAGACCUGCAUAUGAAAGUGUCCGGAGACACAAGCUUCCGCCUGAUGAAGCAGUUCAACAGCUCGCUGAUUCGAGUGCGCGAGGGUGACGGGCAGCUGACCGUCGGAGACGCGGGCCUGGACCGCGAGCAGCUGUGCGGCCAGGCCCCGCAGUGCGUGCUGGCCUUCGACGUGGUCAGCUUCUCGCAGGAGCAGUUCCGGCUGGUGCACGUGGAAGUGGAGGUGAGGGACAUCAAUGACCACGCGCCGCGCUUUCCCCGCGCCCAGAUCCCAGUGGAGGUGUCCGAGGGCGCGGCCGUGGGCACGCGCAUCCCCUUAGAGGUGCCGGUGGACGAAGACGUGGGCGCCAAUGGGCUACAGAGCGUGCGACUGGCCGAGCCGCACAGCCCCUUCCGCGUGGAGCUGCAGACGCGCGCGGACGGUGCCCAGUGCGCCGACCUGGUGCUGCUGCAGGAGCUGGACCGCGAGAGCCAGGCCGCCUACAACCUGGAGCUGGUGGCCCAGGACGGCGGCCGCCCGCCGCGCUCCGCCACGGCCGCCCUCAGUGUGCGCGUGCUGGACGCCAACGACCACAGCCCGGCCUUCCCGCAGGGCGCCGUGGCCGAGGUGGAGCUGGCGGAGGACGCGCCCGUGGGCUCGCUACUGCUCGACCUGGACGCGGCGGACCCCGACGAGGGCCCCAACGGCGACGUGGUGUUCACCUUCGGCGCCCGCACCCCGCCCGAGGCGCGCCGCCUCUUCCGCCUCGACCCGCGCUCGGGCCGCCUCACCCUGGCCGGGCCGGUGGACUACGAGCGCCAGGACACGUACGAACUGGACGUGCGGGCGCAGGACCGCGGCCCCGGGCCCCGCGCCGCCACCUGCAAGGUCAUCGUGCGCAUCCGCGACGUCAAUGACAACGCGCCGGACAUCGCCAUCACCCCGCUGGCUGCCCCGGGCGCGCCUGCCGCCUCGCCCUUCGCCGCGGCCGCCGCCGCCGCCGCCGCCGCUCUCGGGGGUGCGGACGCGACCUCGUCGGGCGGACCCGGGACGCCAGAGACCGGCGCCGUCUCGCUGGUGCCGGAGGGCGCGGCGCGCGAGAGCCUGGUGGCGCUGGUCAGCACCUCGGACAGGGACUCGGGCCCCAACGGGCAGGUGCGCUGCGCCCUCUAUGGGCACGAGCACUUCCGGCUGCAGCCGGCCUACGCGGGCAGCUACCUGGUGGUGACCGCGGCGUCCCUGGACCGCGAGCGCAUCGCCGAGUACAACCUGACGCUGGUGGCCGAGGACCGCGGCGCGCCCCCGCUGCGCACGGUGCGGCCCUACACGGUGCGGGUGAGCGACGAGAACGACAACGCGCCGCUCUUCACGCGGCCGGUCUACGAGGUGUCGGUGCGUGAGAACAACCCGCCCGGGGCCUACUUGGCCACGGUGUCCGCCAGGGACCCGGACCUGGGCCGCAACGGUCAGGUCACCUAUCGGCUGCCGGAGGCCGAGGUGGGCCGCGCUGGGGGCGCCGUGUCCACCUAUGUCUCGGUGGACCCGGCUACCGGGGCCAUCUACGCGCUGCGCAGCUUCGACUAUGAGACGCUUCGCCAGCUCGACGUGCGCAUCCAGGCGACCGAUGGAGGCGCCCCUCAGCUCUCCAGCAGUGCGCUGGUGCAAGUGCGGGUGCUGGACCAGAACGACCACGCACCGGUCCUGGUGCACCCGGCACCGGCCAACGGCUCCCUGGAAGUGGCGGUCCCUGGGCGCACGGCGAGGGACACGGCCGUGGCACGCGUGCAGGCCCGGGACGCAGACGAGGGUGCCAACGGGGAGCUGGCAUUCGACCUGCUACAGCAGGAGCCGCGAGAAGCCUUCGCCAUCGGCCACCGCACGGGGGAGAUCGUGCUCACCGGCGACCUCUCGCAGGAGCCCCCUGGCCAAGUGUUCCGGGCACUGCUGGUCAUAUCCGACAGCGGCCGCCCCCCGCUCUCCACCAGCGCCACUGUCAGCUUCGUGGUGACAGCAGGUGGUGGGCGCGGGCUGGUGUCGCCAGCCAGCGCAGGGAACCCGGAGCGCUCUCGCCCACCCGGCUCUCGGCUCGCGGCGUCGGGGCCGGGGCUACAGUGGGACACGCCUCUGAUCGUCAUCAUCGUGCUGGCCGGGAGCUGCACGCUGCUGCUGGCCGCCAUCAUCGCCAUCGCCACCACCUGCAACCGCCGCAAGAAGGAGGUGCGCAAAGGGGGUCCCCGCCGGGAAGAGCGGCCCGGGGCGGCGGGCGGCGGAGCCUCGGCCCCCGGCUCCCCGGAGGAAACAGCCCGGGGAGCCGGGCCCAGGCCCAACAUGUUCGACGUGCUCACCUUCCCUGGCAGUGGCAAAGCGCCCUUUGGCAGCCCCGCGGCCGACGCGCCCCCGCCCGCGGUCGCCGCGGCCGAAGUGCCGGGCUCGGAGGGCGGCAGUGCCACCGGGGAAAGCGCCUGUCACUUCGAGGGGCAGCAGCGGCUCCGUGGCGCGCACGCCGAGCCCUACGGCGCCUCCCCGGGCUUCGGAAAGGAGCCGGCGCCCCCUGUGGCGGUCUGGAAAGGACAUUCUUUCAACACCAUCUCGGGCCGAGAAGCGGAGAAGUUCAGCGGCAAAGACAGCGGCAAAGGGGACAGUGAUUUCAACGACAGCGAUUCCGACAUCAGCGGGGACGCUCUGAAGAAGGAUCUCAUCAACCACAUGCAGAGUGGACUGUGGGCGUGCACCGCGGAGUGUAAGAUCCUGGGCCACUCUGACCGCUGCUGGAGCCCCUCCUGCGCUGGAGGGCCCAGUACCCAUGCCUCCACUCACCCCCCAGCCCAGAUGUCGACCUUCUGUAAGAGCACGUCCCUGCCCCGGGAUCCUCUGCGUAGGGACAAUUACUACCAGGCCCAGCUGCCCAAGACAGUGGGGCUGCAAAGCGUCUAUGAGAAAGUGCUGCACAGAGACUAUGACAGGACAGUCACUCUGCUCUCCCCUCCUCGUCCAGGGAGGCUCCCAGACUUGCAGGAGAUCGGGGUCCCCCUCUAUCAGUCCCCCUCUGGCAGGUACCUGUCCCCAAAGAAGGAAGCCAAUGAAAAUGUGUAAUCCCAUGCUGCAUGUUGUCACACAUAUACAGGUCACUCCGAGAAGCCCCUAAGUUAUUGACCGGUUUCAGUGUUGUAUAUAGAAAUAUGCAAGAUGUGCCUUAAAAUGAAGUUGUUGGAAGCUAUUUCCAAUCACAUUGGUACUGUUUGGUAUUUGCAAACAAAAAUGUAGUUAAUGUAAUUUUUAUGAAAUGUGUGAAGUAUUUAAUUUUUCUUUUCAUGCUAUUGACUUUCAUUUCCCUUGCGGCUUGCCAUUUUCUUAGUGUUUUUAACCUGUACAUGGUGUAAUGUACUGUUUGUAUAUAAUGAAAUUUUGUUAUAUUUUUAUAUAAUAAAAGCUAAAGUGGAAGUUAUUGCCAAAGGAACUGUCUAUAAGACAAAAAAAAAAAUGUUGGAAUUACUUAAUGGAAAUUUAUCUUUCACCCAGAAACAACCUAGUGUUUGAGAAGUUUUGCCUUGCCAAGUAUGACUUGUAUAUCUUGAGUCUGUGGUAGAUUUCAAGUUCAAUGUUAUUUAAUUACAUUUGGUUUUCUGUAAACCGUGUCACUUAUAAGCACAGUAAUAAAGGAUUUGUCAUGUGUUUGAAGAA